AUGUCUGCGAACACGCAACGAAUGUUCAAUCAGCUAUCUCUGUCCCGAUUGCCAUGUUGUUCUCCACUUCGAUCGAUCAAGGGACCAAGAACAACAACAGCAACAGCAGCAGCAGCUACAGCAGGUCGGCACGAGGUGGACGAGAAGGACAAGCAGAAGCAGAAAACGACUAGUCUCGAAAGUGCUAGCAGCAGCUCGAUAAAUCAUACCUCGGGAUCUGGAACAGACGAUUCGACAGAUUCAGGCAAGACGAGCUUCGCGAAGGAGGAUGGGAGGAUCGAAGCCUGGUGGAAGACGAUGCCCUCCGAUGGUACGACGCAGCAAGGCGAGGCGCGAGUAUCAUGA